GCGGCUGGAAUUGGGCGCAGCUCGUGGGACCCUAUUGGGGGAAUUUGAUCCAAGGAAGCUAGAAGAUUGCAGGAGGGAGGAGAAGCUCCCAGAUCAUUGUGUCCACCUAAGGAGGGAGGAAGAACGGCGGACGGCCUCUCGGCGUCCACGCCACUGCUGCACCCGGUCCCAUCCUGCAGGGAGCAUGAUCUGUUGCAACCGGGAAGGGAUGCUGCUGCUGCGGACCGGGCUGCUAGCCCUGGCUGCGCUCUGCCUGUUCCGGGUGCCCGGAGCCCGAGCUGCAGCCUGUGAGCCCGUCCGCAUCCCCCUGUGCAAGUCCCUGCCCUGGAACAUGACCAAGAUGCCCAACCACCUGCACCACAGCACCCAGGCCAACGCCAUCCUGGCCAUCGAGCAGUUUGAAGGUCUGCUGGGCACCCACUGCAGCCCCGAUCUGCUCUUUUUCCUCUGUGCCAUGUACGCGCCCAUCUGCACCAUUGACUUCCAGCGCGAGCCCAUCAAGCCCUGCAAGUCUGUGUGCGAGCGGGCCCGGCAGGGCUGCGAGCCCAUCCUCAUCAAGUACCGCCACUCGUGGCCGGAGAGUCUCGCCUGCGAGGAGCUGCCGGUGUACGACCGGGGAGUGUGCAUCUCUCCCGAGGCCAUCAUCACCACGGAUGGAGCGGAUUUUCCUAUGGAUUCUAGUAAUGGAAACUGUAGAGGACCAAGCAGUGAACGCUGCAAAUGUAAGCCUAUUAGAGCUACACAGAAGACCUAUUUCCGGAACAAUUACAACUAUGUUAUUCGGGCCAAAGUUAAAGAGGUAAAGACUAAGUGCCAUGAUGUGACUGCAGUAGUCGAAGUGAAGGAGAUUCUGAAGGCUUCUCUGGUAAACAUUCCAAGGGACACCGUGAACCUUUACACCAGAUCUGGCUGUCUGUGCCCUCCACUCAGUGUUAAUGAGGAAUAUAUCAUCAUGGGCUAUGAAGAUGAGGAACGCUCCAGAUUACUCUUGUUGGAAGGUUCUAUAGCUGAGAAAUGGAAGGAUCGACUUGGUAAAAAAUUUAAGCGCUGGGAUAUGAAGCUCCGUCAUCUUGGACUGAAUAAAAAUGACUCUAGUCAUGGCAAUUCCACUCAGAGUCAGAAGUCUGGCAGGAAUUCUAACCCCUGGCAAGCACGCAGCUAAAUUCUGAAAUGCAAAAAAGUAUGAUCCGUGGACUUCUAUUAAGACUUGCAUUGCUGUACUAGCAAAGGAAAAUUGCACUAUUGCACAUCAUAUUCUAUUGUUUACUACAAAAAUCAUGUGGUAACUUAUACUACUUCUACUUCCUCUUUUGUUUUCUGCUUUUCUCUCUUCCCUCCCAUCCCCCCGCCCCUUUUUUUUGGUGGUCUGGCUGCAGAUCCUUAAAUAAUUAUAUAGUUUCUAUUUCACUAAUCAUGGGAAAACUGCUCUUUUGCAAUAAUAAUAAAUUAAACAUGUUGAUACCAGGGCCUCUUUGUUGGAGUUCCCAGAUGUUAAUUUACCCAGAUUGGGAAUACAAUAUUGAAUGCAGAGAGAUUUCUAGUAAACACAGAAAACCAGAUAGGCUGUAAAACAUACUCUGCUGAUCUAAUUACAGCUUCAUUUUCCUCUGCCUUUGGGCAUUCUCCUCCUGCUUGGGAUGUUUUAAAUGUUUAUAAAGGCAAAAUGGCAGUUUGAAAUCAAAUCAUAGGCAAAGCAAUCAAGCACCAGGAAGCAUUUAUGAUGAAAUGACACACAGAUGAUUUAUCUCCAAGAUUGGCAGGAAGCAAAAUAAAUAGUGGUAAGAUCUGUGGAAAGAACAUUUUGCCUGAUUGGAGCACAACUGAAACCAGUAGCAGUUGGGGCUUUAACAGUAGCUUUUUUUGUCUUGUUUUUCGGCAAUCCAUUUGCUUUGUUCAUGCAUAUAUUAACCAGCAUUAAGGAAGUGAAUUAUAACUAGACAUUUGCUGUUGUCAGCAUAGCUCCCUUAAUUUGCUUCCCUUUAAAUAAACCCACUGGUGUAAGUC